AUGAGAAAGAAAUUAGAAGAGCACAGGGGAAAGACUGAAGAUAUUGAGAAAAUGUGGGAACAGCAGAAAAGGGCAAAUGUGAAUUCAGCACAGGAAGUAAUUGGCUACAGGAAAGGCAAAAGCAAACCUUGGAUCAACGAAAACACCUGGAACUUGAUAGAUGAAAGAAAAGACAUCAAGACAAAGAUAGAGAGCACAAGACCAGGAAGAGUCAAGACAAGGUUGAAGGAAAAUUACAGGGAGACAAAGCAUCCAAGAAAAGUGCGAGAGAGAGGACAAGAGGAGAUGGAUGCAGCGGUAAGGAGCAAAGAUGGAGAGCUGCCGAAAAUAAAGAAGCAAGGCUUGCCAGAUGGAGCGAACAUUUUUGAGGAAGUACUCAACAUAGACACUCCAGAAUCACCACCACAAGAUGAACAGGAGGAGGGAGAAGAGCUAGACAUAUCAGUUGAGCCACCCACAAUGCAGGAAAUAAGGGUUACCCAGAAGAAGCUUCAAAAUGGGAAGGACCCUUGGAGCAGAUCAAAUAACUGCAGAGAUUUUAAAAGAGGCAACUUACAAGACUGCAGCAACUGGAGGGGAGUCAAAUUGCUGCCCCAAGGCAGCAAAGCACUCAGCAGGAUCGUCAUUAACGGAAUACAGGCUGGAGUUGACUGCACCCUGAGGAUAGAGCAGACAGAGUUCCGGAGAGUGAGAAGGACUGUCAACCAGAUCUUUAUCUUCAGGAACAUCAUAGAACAAGUCAACGAGUGGAAUGCUACACUGUACAUCCAUUUUGUGGACUCGGUGCACAGAGACAGCCUUUGGGUCAUCAUGAAGAGAUAUGGAAUGCACAAAAAGUCAAGGCCCUUGAUAAACUGGGUGAUGCAACAGACUGUACGAGGAAACAGAACAGGAAUUAGAUGGGACUUCACCACUAUGCUUGAAGACCUUGACUUUGCGGACGACACUGCCUUACUGUCUUCAGCAAUGAACCAUCUUCAGUCUAAAACAACAAAACUGGAAGAAAAAUCCGCAAAAGUUCGGUUGAAGCUGAAUGCCAAGAAGUGCAAAGUAAUAAUUGAUUGA